GCAUAAGAUUUGACCAUAACCAAUUUUUUACUUGUUUCAAAAUUGAAAUUAUAUUGUAUCCUUGCAUCUUGUUCCGAAAAUUGAUAAGUAUAUUCUUAAGGCAAUAUUUAAAUUUGGGAAAUUUGAUAUAAUUUUUAUAUUUAUUUGUCUUGAAUAAUAUUUCACUAACAGACAUUCCAAUUCUGGGGAUAAAAUUGUUCAACCAAACAGAAAUGCUUGAAAAUUUGACAGGAGGUUCAUUAAAAGUUGUACUUUGUGUUUAAACGAAAAAUGAGCUAAAUGUAGUAUUAUUUUUAUAAAGAAAUUUUAAUAUCAAAUUUUGACGAAAAUCCGAGUAAAAAUGAUGUGGAACAAAUCUAAUUACUGAAACAUGCAAAUUUUUCAAUUUUGACAUACGAGGGUUGUCCCAAAAGUAAUGCACAGCGCGCUCUAGCUGUCUUGCAAUGUGAUAUUAUCAGCUGAUUUUAGUAUCAGUUUGUAGCUUGAAGUCUAACGAACACGUGCGUUUUCAGUUUUAGUUGUUUAGUAAAGUAUGUUGAUGUGUGAGAGCGAUAACGAAAGUGAGAACAAUUCGUCGGCUCACAUUUCUGUUUUUGAGCAACGCGCAUACAUUAAAAUAAAAACGAUUUGUGGUAAAACAGUGCCUGAAAUUCAUGCCGCGUUAAAUGAAGUGUGUGGAACGGAUACUGUGGAUCGUAGAACGGUGCAAAGAUGGCAUCAGCGAUUCCGUGAUGGUCGUAUAAGUAUUGAUAACAACCCUCGCUCUGGCCGACCCUCUACGGUUACUCAAGACAACACUAACGCGGCUAUAAUUGUCACUGAUCGAGUUCCAAUUGGCAGUAGUGACUUAAAUGACAUCAGACAUAAAGGUUUUAAGUUUUUGUUGACCAAAGCGGUGAUAUUCAAGAAAAAAAUCUGCUUGCCCCCCUCCAUGAAAUUUACCUAAAGACGCUCCUGAGCAAUACUGUUAACNUCUUAACUUCCCAACUUCUCCACUUUAACAGUGGUCCACCCAUCGUGCAAAGUAUGUCCUUAUUUUCUUACCAAUCAUUAAUAUUAAAUUUAAUUAUUUCGCCCCCCCCCAUGAGGUCGGGUGCAGCCACUGUUAUAAGUAAUUUAAUGUACAUUUUAGAGGUAGCAAACUAAAUUUUGUAUAAUUAUAUUUAUUAUUAUUUAAUUUAUGCACUAUGCAGUGGUAGAAACUCAGAUUGUACGAUUUUUACUAAUUACUUGUGUAAUAGUUUUAUUUUUUAAUGUCAAUAAAACAAUUUAUAAAACUGC